CGCCACCUGCUGGAGGGAGACACGUUUUCCCCCCGACAUGGGUCUUCCUCUCCCUCUUCCUCUUCCGCUCUGAUCACACUUCGCGCCAAGGAGGAUUUUUUUUUUAUUUUUUAAAGGAGCUGCUGGUCUAAACUAGUCUCAUCACGAUCAAUAAGAAAAACUCAUUUAUUUUUGCUGUGGAUUAUGGACAUCAGGCGGUUCUUUGUAUCAAGCAAACCCGCAGCACAGAAACCAUCUCGGGAUGGAACCCUCAACACAGAGAAGGAACCCACGAAGAAGAAGAAACCUACCACCAAGAUCACCAGCCCCAAGGUGGAGAAGAAGAAGAAGAAGGACAAUGAUAAAAAGAGAAAGAGGCGUGCUGUCAUUGAGUCAGACUCUGAGGAGGAGGUAGUGGAGCAGAAGCAGAAGGCCCAGAAACCAAACCCUCCUCUUCCUCCGGCUCCUCUUCCUCCUGCCAAGAAAGACCCGGUGCAGUACGUCUCUGAGACAGAUUCAGACAGCGAUAACUUCCUGUCUCUGAAGAAGUCCCAGGCUAAGCCCCAGGGUAAUGGAGUGACCAAACCAGGGAAGGCCCGCACCGGGACCAAAGAGAGCCACGGGUCCCCCGAAACCCACCCUUGCUCCCGC